CCGCACCCCACAAUCCCCCAGAAACCAACCAUAACACAAACCCACCAUGUCCCACAACCCAAAGAACAACCGCGUACUGGCCGUAGUAGGCGUCGGCCCAGGCAUCGGCGAAGCAGUCUCGCGCCACUUCGCCUCAAAAGGCUUCAGCGUAGCGCUGAUUGCCCGCACAGAAGAUAAACUUCAAAAAAUCCAAGACUCAAUCAACGAGUCCUACCCCGGCUCGGCAAAAUACUACGUUACCGACGUCCGGGAUGAAUCUAGCGUGAUCAAGACCUUCGCUUCCAUCAAGGAAGAUCUCGGCCCCGUCCAUGUGCUAAUCUACAACGCCGGGUCGAGACGCAUUCGUCCCCGGACUAUCCUCGAGACGUCCUCGGAGGAAUUCGAGAAUUUUACCCGCAUCAAUAUGUUCGGUGCCUUUUUUGCCGCCAAGUGUGUCCUCCCUGAUAUGUUGGCCGCCGGGGAGGGCACUGUUAUCUUCACCGGUGCGACUGGGUCCAUUCGCGGGAGUCCCGGGUUGAGUAGCUUCUCGCCGGGGAAGUUUGGUCUUCGCGCCUUGUCGCAGACUAUUACUAGGGAGUUUCAGAGUAAGGGUAUUCAUGCGGCGCAUCUGAUUGUCGAUGGGCCCGUCCAGAGUGAUAUUAUUGGGGGGUGGUUGCGGAAGAAGUGGGAGAGGGAGGGUGAAUCAGAGAAGCUGCAGGAGAUGCAUCGGUAUGUUAUGCAACCUCGAGAUUUGGCGGAGAUUUAUUGGUUCUUGUAUACGCAGCCGAGGAGUACGUGGACGCAGGAGUUGGAUGUUCGGGCGGAGAAGGAGAGCAUGUUUUCGAAGUUGUAGUUGUGUAUAUCUGAAUAUUUACUUUCUAUAUAGUUUGGUAUGUGUAUCGGAGGUGAAGUUAAGCGGGGAGAGAAGAUGUACGUCAUACUCACGAUUGAACCAGAUAGUAAUCUUAUAAUCAUUUGCAAAGGAGAAGCAGUGAAACAUUCAACUCCCAGAAUGAUACCAGCUCCGCCUCUUAAUAUUCCCAAGUCAUACGAGACACUCCCCCUCACUGAUGUCAAGGUCUCGCAUCAUCCGGAGGGUGUCCCAGUAGCAACACCAGUAGUGGUGGUGACACUGAACCGACCGGACAAGAACAAUGCAUUUUCCACACAUCUUAUGGAUGCCUUCGAGAAGCUGUACCCACUGUUUGACGUGGACGAGCGAGUCAAGGUCGU